AUGGCACCUUCGUUAUUUAGUUAUGAAACUCUUGUGCAUGCAAUAGCAGGAGCAACGGGCAGUGUAGUUGGCAUGGCAGUUUUCUAUCCAUUGGAUACAUUAAGAUCGAGAAUACAAGUUGAGGAUUCCAAGAAACUACAAGGUUCAUCAUUGGAGCUGCUAUUAAAAUUAGCGAGUGAAGAAGGGCUAGAGUCCUUAUACCGAGGAUUGGCACCUGUUUUGCAGUCUCUGUCAGUGUCUAAUUUUGUAUAUUUCUACACAUUUCAUGGCUUACGUAGGGUGUCAACAAAAGAAACGUCUGCCCUGAAAGACUUGAUGUUCGGAUUAAUCGCUGGAAGUAUAAACGUUCUUCUAACUUCGCCAUUAUGGGUUGUUAAUACCCGAAUGAAGUUACAAACUUCAACCUACAACAGCCUAACCGAAGGGUUAAUAGACCUCUACAAAAAGGAAGGAGCUAAAGGUCUGUGGUCUGGUACAGUACCCUCUUUAUUACUUGUCUCUAAUCCAGCUAUUCAGUUUAUGGUUUACGAAUCGCUAAAGAGGCAACUAAUAGCUAGAGGCAUGUUUGAUACGUUCUCUGCAUUUCUAGUUGGCGCCGUGGCAAAAGCGGUAGCUACAACUUUAACUUAUCCAUUACAAUUGGUACAAUCAAAACUUCGUGCUGGCACCAGUUUAAAACCUUUAUUUAGAGAUGUGAAAUCGCAACCCUUAUUGGCGUUCCGUGGGUUAGAGGCUAAAUUAUUGCAAACAAUCAUGACAGCCGCUCUUAUGUUUAUUAUUUACGAAAAGUUGGUUCGACUAGUGCUAACGAUAAUGAGAGUCAGAAUGGCUAGGCAUUAA